CCGCUUUGCGCACGGGCCGCGCGAGGGGCGGGGAGGGCUGCUCCCGGGGCUGCACGCUGGGCCCGGGAGGGGUCCGCCCCCGCACCGGUCCGAGUUGAGCACCCUGCGGGCCGCUAACCGCGCGGCACCCUAAGGACGCCGCGCUCGGUGCGCCGAGAGACCCGGGGCCGCCCGUCUGGGGGCGGGGGCCACGCUGCGGGGCCGCCCACGCCGCGCUCCAGGAGCUGGGGCUGGCAGGAUGGGUGUUUGGACAUGCUGAUCUCCCCUCAAGACAGCCUGCUGGCAUCCUGGUCAUGGAGGACUGCAACAUGCACUCAGCUGCCAGCAUCCUGGCCUCGGUGAAAGAGCAGGAGGCCCGCUUUGAGCGACUGACGCGAGCUCUGGAGCAGGAGCGGCGCCAUGUUGCCCUGCAGCUGGAGCGUGCCCAGCAGCCCAGCAUGGGCAGUGGUGGUAUGGGCAGUGGGCAGCCCCUGCCAAUGGCCUGGCAACAGCUGGUCCUGCAGGAGCAGAGCCCGGGCAGCCAGGCCUCACUGGCCACAAUGCCAGAGGCGCCCGAGGUGCUGGAGGAGACCGUGACAGUAGAGGAGGACCCUGGCACCCCUACCUCCCAUGUGUCCAUUGUCACAUCAGAAGAUGGCACGACUCGGCGCACUGAGACCAAGGUCACCAAGACGGUCAAGACAGUGACUACGAGGACAGUGCGCCAAGUACCCGUAGGCCCAGAUGGCCUACCCCUGCUGGAUGGAGGCCCCCCGCUAGGCCCCUUUGCAGAUGGCCCGCUGGACCGGCACUUCCUGUUGCGCGGGGGCGGUCCGGCAGCCACACUUUCCCGCGCCUACCUCAGCAGUGCGGGCAGCUUUACCGAUGGCCCUGAGCCCCGUGAUGUCCCCAGCUAUGGCAGUCUCUCCCGGGGGCUGGGUGUGCGGCCCACACGUGGCCCCCUUGGCCCAGGCCCCGUCGAUGGCUGCUUCACACUGCCUGGCCGACGUGAGGCCUUCCCUGCAGGCCCUGAGCCUGUGCCGCCAGCUGGUCGCUCCCAGCCGGAGCGCUUCCAGGCAGAGCCAUACGGCUUAGAGGAUGACACCCGCAGUCUGGCUGCUGACGAUGAGGGUGGCCCGGAGCUGGAGCCUGACUACGGUACUGCCACAAGGAGGAGGCCUGAGUGUGGGCGUGGCCUUCGAACCAGGCCCUAUGAGGAUGUGGCAGAUGAUGGCGGUGAGCUGAUGGAGGAGCGGCCCCCGUUUCCAGCUGCGACGGCCCCCCUGGCCCAGCCGGAACGGGGCAGCCUGGGCAGUCUGGACAGAGUGGUACGGCGGUCGCCCUCAGUCGACAGUGCCCGUAAGGAGCCGCGUUGGCGGGACCCCGAGCUGCCAGAGGUCUUGGCUAUGCUGCGACACCCCGUGGACCCUGUGAAAGCCAAUGCGGCUGCCUACCUGCAGCACCUGUGCUUCGAGAAUGAAGGCGUCAAGCGACGCGUGCGGCAGCUGCGGGGCCUGCCCUUGCUCGUGGCUCUGCUGGACCACCCGAGGGCAGAGGUGCGGCGGCGGGCCUGUGGGGCACUGCGGAACCUCUCUUAUGGCCGGGACACGGACAACAAGGCUGCCAUCCGGGACUGCGGUGGUGUGCCUGCCCUGGUGCGCCUGCUGCGGGCUGCCCGGGAUAACGAGGUCCGAGAGCUCGUCACCGGCACACUCUGGAACCUGUCAUCCUAUGAGCCCCUGAAGAUGGUCAUCAUUGACCACGGCCUGCAGACGCUGACCCACGAGGUCAUUGUGCCCCACUCGGGCUGGGAGCGCGAGCCCAAUGAGGAUUCCAAGCCAAGGGAUGCUGAGUGGACGACAGUCUUCAAGAACACAUCGGGCUGCUUGAGGUGUGGGAACGUGAGUUCGGAUGGCGCAGAGGCCCGGCGGCGGCUCCGGGAAUGUGAGGGGCUGGUGGAUGCCCUGUUGCACGCCUUGCAGUCCGCAGUGGGCAGAAAGGACACGGACAACAAGUCGGUGGAGAACUGUGUGUGUAUCAUGCGGAACCUGUCCUACCACGUGCACAAGGAGGUGCCUGGGGCCGACAGGUACCAGGAGGCUGAGCCAGGGCCCCCGGGCGGUGCUGCGGGUUCUCAGCGCCGGAGGAGGGAUGACGCCGGCUGUUUCGGUGGCAAGAAGGCCAAAGAGGAGUGGUUCCACCAAGGGAAGAAGGAUGGUGACAUGGACCGGAACUUUGACACACUGGACCUUCCCAAGCGAACCGAGGCUGCCAAAGGCUUUGAGCUGCUGUAUCAGCCCGAGGUGGUACGUCUCUACCUCUCCCUCCUCACGGAGAGCCGGAACUUUAACACCCUGGAGGCUGCCGCUGGCGCCCUACAGAACCUCAGCGCUGGCAACUGGAUGUGGGCCACCUACAUCCGUGCCACGGUGCGCAAGGAACGUGGCCUUCCGGUGCUCGUGGAGCUGCUGCAGUCCGAGACUGACAAGGUGGUGCGUGCUGUCGCCAUCGCCCUACGCAACCUUUCCCUGGACCGGCGCAACAAGGACCUCAUUGGGAGCUACGCCAUGGCGGAGCUGGUGCGGAACGUGCGCAAUGCACAGACUCCGCCACGACCGGGUGCCCGCCUGGAGGAGGACACGGUGGUGGCCGUGCUCAACACCAUCCAUGAGAUCGUGUCCGACAGCCUGGACAAUGCGCGCUCACUGCUACAGGCCCGAGGGGUGCCAGCGCUGGUAGCACUUGGCGCUGCCAGCCAAUCGGUGCGCGAAGCGAAGGCCGCCUCCCACGUGCUGCAGACUGUGUGGAGCUACAAGGAGCUGCGCGGUGCCCUACAGAAGGAUGGCUGGACAAAGGCACGCUUCCAGUCAGCCACUGCUACUGCUAAGGGACCCAAAGGAGCACCGAGUCCUGGAGGCUUUGAUGACAGCACCCUGCCACUGGUGGACAAGAGCUUUGAUGGUGAGAAGCCAGGCAGCCGGGACGUGAUCCCCAUGGAGGCACUUGGCCCAGAUGGAUACUCCACUGUGGACCGGAGGGAGCGGAGGGCUCGAGGUAGUGACCCUGCAGGGGAAGCCUCUGAGAAGGAACCGUUGAAAGGAUCUGAUCAUGGGAAGAAGGGAACUCCAGGGCUGGCCCUCACAGAACCUGCUGUGGAGCUUGGAGCCCCCUGGCGGCAGGGGUUGGCAGCGCCUCUCACCCAGGAGCCAGGGCCGGAAAUUCUGGACAUGCCUCCCUUCCUGCCCCUCGUUCCCUCCCUCCUAACUCCCUAGGCUGAGUUAGCUGUUUACUGACAUGGUGCUGUGUGCGAGUGAGAGAGAGAAAGAAAGCCAGUGGAGCUGCCAGGAUGGGGCCCAGGGAAGCGGCAGGACAAGGCACCUGGCUUUGCUCUGGGGCUGGUGGUGUAGGAGCCUGUGCUCCUGUGUGUGCAGGGCCCCAGAGGAGCCUGGCGGCGGGCCCUGAGAGCAGGCAGUGGGGAAGGGAGGAGGGGGCUCAGAGAAGGAGUUUGACUCUGGAAGGUAGACAGGAUCUGCUGGGCUGUGUCCCACCCUGCAUGGCAGGCAGACCAUGGUGGGGAGGGGGUGGUGCUAGCCCAUACAGAGAGGCUUUGGAGGUAGCAAGAUGGGGGUCAGGCUGUGCUUGCCCCCCACCCUGCCCUUGGCUCCAUGGCACCCCAGUGUAGCAGGAGCUUCCCUGAGCGGCUCUGGCCUGGCCGUGGAUGCUGAGCCCUGUCUGCUGGAGCCCCAAGUCACAGCUCUGGGACUGACCUUCGGCAGCAAUGGGGAACUGCUGCCUAGUGCCUGCUGUUCGGGACUUAAACACAGAAGAAAAACACUGACAAAAAGCAUUAAAAAUGAAACCAAAAUAAGACUGUAUUGGUAAACACCUAAAUUUUUGUAAGAAAAUUUAAAAAUUAAAAAAAGCAACAAAGGAA